AUGAGGUUUUUUGCUUUUGGAUGGAUAGGAUUAGUCCUUCUUUGGAAUAAUAUCAAUACUCGCGUUUAUGCUAGACGAGGAAUUGGCACACAAUCUUUAUCUACAUGUAUGGAAAAUUCAGGAUUAAUAGCAACAAUAUUUCGAAUUACAUACUAUCCAGAUAUGGAAAAAGUAGUAUACCGUGUUGAUGGGAUGACCUCAAUUGAAGGUGAAGUUCUAGUUAACGUUGUUAUAGUGGCAUAUGGAAUACAAGUAUUAAAUAGAACUAUUGAUCCAUGCAUUCUUAAAAUACCGAAUCUUUGUUAUUUACAGCCUGGACCUCUUACGCAAAUUGAAGGAGAAAGCGAUGUUCCUCUUGAUAUUUCAUCACAUAUUCCCGGCGUUGUAUAUGCUAUUCCAGAUAUUGAUGCAAUCGUUAAAAUUACAAUUUAUGAUAAAUAUACAGGAGAACUUAAAGCAUGUGUUCAAGUUACAAUGACAAAUAUGAUGACUGUAAAUGUUAAAGCAGUUGGAUGGAUAUCUGGUCUUAUUGCAUUAUCUGCACUUAUCGUAAGUGCAAUUGCAUCUGAAAAUGGGAAUUUUAAUACUGCUCAUCAUAUUGCAACAAAUACAUUUGCUCUUUUUAGUUAUUUUCAAGGUCAGGCUAUUUUUGGUAUGAUGUCUGCAAAAAUGCCACCUAUUGUGCGUUCAUGGACUCAAAAUUUUCAAUGGACAAUGGGGAUUAUUAAUUUGGAAUUUAUGCAGAAAAUUUUUACUUGGUAUAUUAAAUCUACUGGAGGAGCACCUAUUUUCCAUCAUUAUCCUUCAUUCAAACAUUCAAUUUUUGUUGAAAAACGGAGUUUUGUUUCUCUCGAAAAGCGUGCUUCAGAUACUGUUAAAAAUAUUGUCUUUCGUGGUAUAAAUCGUGUCUCUUAUAAUGAAGGAAUUGAAACUACGAACUUAUUUAUGACCAGCUUUUCUUUUUUUCUUAUUAUGAUUUUCACAAUAGUACUAGGGUUUGCAUUGUUUAGAAUUUUUCUUCAUUAUUCUCCAAAAACUCAUUGGAUACGUCAAGAACGUUUUUUUGGUUUCAAAAACGAAUGGAAGGAUCUUUUAAAAGGUGCUAUGUAUAGAUUAUUGCUUAUUGGAUAUCCUCAGUUAUCUCUUCUUUGUACAUGGGAAUUGGUCUCUCGUGAUUCUAUUGGUGCAAUAAUUUAUGCCGUUUUGACACUAAUAAUAGCAACAACUUUACUAGUUUAUGCUGCCUACCGAGUUAUUAUUUUAGCACGUCGUUCUCUUAAAUUUCAUAAAACAGCUGCAUAUAUUUUGUACUCUGAUUCUAAAGUUUUGACUAAAUGGGGUUCUUUAUAUAUACAAUUUUCAGCAUCUGCAUAUUACUUUACUGUUCCUCUUUUAUUUUUCAUUUUAUUACGAUCAAUUUUUAUAGCAUUAUCUCAAGGCAAUCCUCUUGUUCAAGCAAUAGCAUUUUUUAUCAUUCAAUUAGCAUACUUCUUUUUGAUUGUUUAUAUUCGUCCCUUCCUAGAUAGAAAAACGAAUAUUUUUAGUGCUACUGUUGCAGCAAUUAAUCUACUGAAUAGUGUUUUUGUACUUAUUUUUGCAAAUGAAUCAUAUAUAUAUGAUAUGAUUGUUGCUAUUUUUGGGAUAAUAUUUUUUCUUGUUAACUGCGCUUUUGCUCUUGUCUUACUUAUUCUUCUUAUUAUAGUGUCGAUAUAUGCUAUUGUUUCGGAGAAUCCAGAUAUUCUUCAUGAACAAAUGGAAGACGAUAGAUCAGAAUUUAUUAAAAGUAAGACUAAUUUUUCUUCUGAUGUUGAACUUAACUUAUCAAAACAAACUAAUGGAUUAUAUUUUAAAGAAAUGUCCAAGAUAAAAGAUCCAUUAUCUUCAUAUGAUGGAUCUUAUUCUUCGAUAAAUAAAACAAAUAAUGCUAAUUUUGAUGAAUCUAUAAAUUAUAUACCUUCUCAUGAUCUUAUAGCUAGUUAUAUAUCACAAAAUUCUUUAGCUGCUCCACCUCGGCCUCCUUUUAAGUCAAAUAUGAGAUCUAGUAAUGAUUCUUUAGUAAAAGAUCAUCAGACCAACAGAAAAAAUAACGAUUAUGAAUAUGCAUCUUAUGGUGGAUCUAAUAUGAAUUCAUAUUUACCUACUUAUAAACCACCUUCAACUAUUCAAAAGUUGCAUUUUAAUCAUCAUGAUUCUCGUGGCAUAUCAUUUCUAGAUUCACAACCUCAACAAUAUAUUCCAGGAGCACCUAAAAAGACACGAAAUUAUGGGUUAUAUCACAAUGCAUAUACUAAUAAAACAGUAUGA